AUGGAUUCUGCCGGCGACGACGAUGACACGGAUAAGGGGAAGAACAGUGAAAUGAAACCAAUGGUAGCUUCAUCAGGAAAAAAGCGAAGUGCUCUCGCAAGUGUAGAUGAAGAGGACACGGGCAAAGGACUGGCCAGGACUCUCACGCUGACAAACAGUGUAACAAUGAUUGUCGGUUGUAUCAUUGGAUCGGGAAUAUUCGUGAGCCCAACAGGAGUUCAAGAAGCUGCUGGUUCUGUUGGUGCUUCCUUGAUUAUCUGGGUCUUGUGUGGAAUCUGGUGCGGUCUCGGUGCAUAUAUUUACGCUGAACUUGGAACCCUGAUCACUAAAUCGGGAGGCGAUUAUGCGUAUAUCAUGGAAGCGUUUGGCCCAUUUAUUGGUUUUCUAAGACUAUGGAUUGAAAGCAUGGUGGUCAGGUACAAGUUGUUUUCAAAAUCAUUAUCGUAA